AGUCACGUGGCGCGUCACCUCACGGCUUGAACGGGAAGACGCGGAGUAAAGGAAAGGAGGGCGGCUGUGGGCGUGUGGGGAAUGGCGUGAUUCCCGUCCCACCCAUUCCUUACUUCCUGGUAGCGUCUCUGCUCCGUCUUGCCUUCGCUGCUGCUGAUGUUCUUCGUAAGCCGACCAUGGCCGACGAUGCUGUUUGGGAAGCUGUGCCUGAAGGGCAGGAGGAGCCUUUGCUGGACCCCCGGACCCCCAGUUGGAGGUAGGCGGAGAGGGGCUGCGCUCCUUGACGGGGUCUCGCCUCGGAGUCAGGCCCCUGAAGAAAAGCCGGUGUCGGGUUGUCAGUCGCUGAGGGAAGGAAGCGCCUGGUGGUCCAGGCGAGGGCGGAAGUGUUGUUUUGUUGUUGAUUGGGGGUUUGUUGUUGUUUAGUCGUUUAGUCGUGUCCGACUCUUCGUGACCCCCUGGACCAGAGCACGCCAGGCACUCCUGUCUUCCACUGCCUCCCGCAGUUUAGUCAAACUCAUGCUGGUAGCUUCGAGAACACUGUCCAACCAUCUCGUCUUCUGUCGUCCCCUUCUCCUUGUGCCCUCAAUCUUUCCCAACAUCAGGGUCUUUUCCAGGGAGUCUUCUCUUCUCAUGAGGUGGCCAAAGUAUUGGAGCCUCAGCUUCAAGAUCUGUCCUUCCAGUCAGCACUCAGGGCUGAUUUCCUUCAGAAUGGAGAGGUUUGAUCUUCUUGCAGUCCAUGGGACUCUCAAGAGUCUCCUCCAGCACCAUAAUUCAAAAGCAUCAAUUCUUCGGCGAUCAGCCUUCUUUAUGGUCCAGCUCUCACUUCCAUACAUCACUACUGGGAAAACCAUAGCUUUAACUAUACGGACCUUUGUUGUCAAGGUGAUGUCUCUGAUUGGGGGUUUGUGCUUACGGUAUAUUCCUAUACUGUUCUAAUUAGCGCCAAAAGGUCAGUAGGCUUUGAACUUUAGAAUCAAAUAUUAAGCUUCCAGAUAAAAAUGCGAAGCGUCACAAUGAGUAUUGGUAUUAUGGCGCCUCCUUUUAAAAAGGCUCUUAUUAUCUAUUUUAAUCCGGUGGCAUUUUUUUAGUUGAGCCUUUGAAAGGCUUUCAUUAUGCCCAUUUCCUGAUUUUUAAAAAUUGUUGUAUUUAAAUACUGAAGUCGUAGAGCAGGGGUUGACAACCUGGUCCCUACCGCCCACUAGAGUGUUUCAGGAUUCUAGGUGGGUGGUAGGACACAAGCUGAAUCCUUCCAUCGAGCACUGGUGGGCGGUAAGAAAAUGUUACCAUCAAGAAAGGUGCAUUAGUGGGCGGUAGGUAUAAAAAGGUUGACUACCCCUGUCAUAGAGGGACUGCUCUGAGUGCUUAUUAUUCUUGAACAGAUUGCUGUAAGUUAGACAAAAACAAGUGCCGAGAGUUGUUAAUCUUUAAUUAUGUUUUCAUUUGUUACAGAUCUGAUGGUGUUAUGGAAACCCUGCAGCAUUACAAUAGCCGGUGGAGAUCCAUUCGGAUAAUGUAUCUCACAAUGUUCUUCAGCAGUGUUGGUUUGUAAAAUAACGUACUUUGCAGCACCGCUUUGAUGUCUAUAUUGAAUGUAAAUUAAAAUGCUUUAUGGAAACUUUUUUAAUGGAAAUGUAUUGUACAGUCGUACCUUGGUUCUCGAAUGCCUUGGUACUCAGACGUUUUGGCUCCUGAAUGCCGCAAACCCGGAAGUGAGUGUUCCGGCUUGCGAACAUUUUUCAGAAGCCAAAUAUCCGACGGAGCUUCCGGUUGAGUGCAGGAAGCUCCUGCAGCCAAUCAGAAGCCGUGCCUUGGUUUUCGAACAGUUCCGGGAGUCGGAAUGAACUCCCGGAACAGAUUAAGUUCGACAACCAAGGUACGACUAUACAUGUUUUGGCCACAGUAUGGAGAAAAUGCCAAAAUUUAGUUGGUUGGUAUGCAACUAAGUAGUUGCAUUAAAAUUAAUGAAUAUUUCUAUGUUAUGUCCAUUAAUUUCAAUAGGUCUACUGAGUAAAAAGCUGAAUACCAGCCAUUGUAAAGUAUAGACAGGUUCUCAGUGCACUCUUGUCUAAUUUGGAGAAAAUGAACUGCUGUUUAUCCUGGGGUUUUUUUUUAAAGGUUAAUGUUCAAGAAAAUCUUGCUGCAAUAUUUUGCUUGCAGCUAUAAUUUGGUUUCCUCCCCUAAGCUGCUAUAGUGGGAUUCUUAUGUGAUAAAGCUGUAGGAAGACUCUUAAUCCAAAUAUCAGUUUUUCCAAAGUCUAGCUCAACUGGUUUCAGUUCAGCCUGAAUAACUGGCCAUAAACUCUGAUACCUUGUGCCUUAAUUAAAGCAUGUGACUUGGUAUGGGGAAGAAAGCUCUGUUGGAUCAUAUAUUUAAGGAGUGAGUCAUAGAUUUCUGAUUGUUUAGUUGGACACAUGCUACUAAAAAGCCAAUAGGAAUAAAACAGAAAAGGUAAUAUAUGCCUCCAUAAAAUUAUAAGGGAACAGGUUGUACUUUGAUUUUUCUGUGGACUUUGAACAUUUAGGGACACAAUCCUUUUAUUCAGACAGAUAUAUGAAGAAUGUUAUGUAAUGAUUUAAUAAUAGAAGCAUAACUUCAAUUAUUUACAUUGCAGGUUUUUCUAUUGUGAUUAUGUCAAUAUGGCCCUAUCUUCAACAGGUAACCAUGAGAGUUUGAAUUAGUUAUCUGUUUUGUACUUGACUAUAAAUGAGUUUCUUUGUUGUGAUAUUUGAAGUGGUUGUCUUAAUCUGGGAUGAUUUAUGUCAAUUUUGCAAAUUCAGGCUGCUGAAUCAAAAGAGGUUUAGUUUAAAACCCUAUUUUUCAAAAUAUUACUAUUUAACAUUCAUUCACUGUUUUAUGGCUCGUCUAAAGUGUGAAGAAAAUGUAGUUGAAUACUACCCAUUGGUUUUACCUUAGCAUUGUAGCAGUGCUAUUGAGAAAGCAGUUCAUAAUUAUUUUUAUAAAUUGGGCAUUAAGCAGGGUGGUUUUAAUAAGCAUCUUCCAAACAUAGUCCCUUGUUAGUUCUACGGUGGGCUUGCUCACAUUAUUUUCAGUCGCCUUGCAAUGCAUUAUACCUUUCAACUGUCUCUCCCCAAAUAAUUCUUCAGUUUUAGCUAAUGGAUAAAUUCAGUAGUAGGACAAUACCUCAAAGUAUUUAUAUUACCUUGGGAAAUGUUGUGAUGAUGUUUGUAAUACUCUUGCUGGGAACUGAUGAAUGAGAUGUGCUUGUUUUUGAAGUUGCUUUUGUUGUUUCCAUAGAUAGAUAAAACUGCAGAUCCAAGUUUCCUGGGCUGGAUUAUUGCUUCAUAUAGCAUUGGUCAGAUGAUAGCAUCCCCCUUCUUUGGCGCAUGGUCCAAUUACAGGCCAAGAAGAGAGCCUCUUGUAGUUUCAACUAUCAUUUCAGUGGCUGCUAACUUUCUUUAUGCCUAUGUCCAUUUACCUACAUCACACAACAAAUACUAUAUGCUGGUUGCUCGAGCUCUGGUGGGAUUUGGCGCAGGUAAUUGUAGAAACAUUUACACUAAAGAUUGACAGUUGUUGUGUACUAUUUAAGGCAGCUAUGCUGUUAGGUUAAUCAGAAUCUCAUAAGCAGCUAUGAAAUCUAUCUUGCUUCUUAGCGCCACUUGCUACAUCACCAGCAAGGUGUAAUUCAGAAAUUGUGUAAAUAUAUAAUUUCCAUUGUUGCUUAACUUCAAAAUAUAGACUCAUGGUCUCCCAGUUUUACCAGGUGAGUUGCCCAUAGCUCUCUGUGGCCUUGCAAUUGAGUCAGUGGUAGCCCAAAGGUGCAAUAUUUUUAAGUAGCUGACUCACUAGUGACAGAGAUCCACUGUGAACUUGGAGGGUCUGAAAGAGCUGCUAUAUAAGAGAUUUGGCAAGAGUAAAAGCAUGGGGAAGUUAGUGCAGUUUCUUCAGGAGCCUUUUACACAUUAGGCUUCAAAAAUGUUAUGUAAGAAGCAUGAGCUAUUAACUCCUGACUGCUAAAGAGUUCCAAGUUACUGAAAAGUUUAACAGCUGAAAUUAGAUGGAUACAGUUGUGAAUAAUCACUUCAGCGAAAAGGUGUCUCUGUAAUCAGAUGGCUUUCAAUAUCUGUGAAUCUCUUUAAAAUAAGACAUGGCAGAAGAGGAAUAAAUGUAACAUUUCUAGUAAUUUAGGUAAACAAAAUUAAUUCCUAAUAUUUUAUUUGUGUCAAGUAAACGUACUUCCUUCUGUUCAUCUUUCUUUAGGAAAUGUAGCAGUAGUUCGGUCAUACAUUGCUGGUGCCACCUCUCUUACCGAAAGAACUAGUGCCAUGGCAAACACUAGUGCUUGUCAAGCAGUGGGUUUCAUAUUGGGACCAGGUACAACGUAGGUUGUAUUUUCAUUAUUUUCAAAUGAAACCUGAUGUGUAUGUGGAAACUUGGCAUUCUGAAUCAGAAAGACUUCAAAUGUUACGUCAAUCAUUUGCAUAUGUAUGUGUAAAUUUAAUUUUCCUGCUGUGUUAAAGUAAACUUUAGUUAAAACAGUAUUUGGAAGAAAGUUGCAAGCUCAAAUUCUAAGGAUGAUACCAAGGGGUAUGAAGAUGGUUUAUCAUAUGCUUUUAAUGUACUGAAGCAGCAGGUUUGGGUAAUAGUUCCUAAUUUAGGAAAAAAUGGGACAAUUUCCACAUCAGAAACACUCUUGGGUUCCAUGCACCUCAAUACCUAUGGUGCUUUUCAUUUAUGGUGACUACCUUGGGGGACAAUGUUAGUAGUUCAUCAUGCUCUCUAACAUCUAUCUGGGGUGGGAAAUCUAUGGCCAAAGCACUGAUGUUUCUGUGAGUAACUGGCCCUUCAUAGGAAAAGGGUUCCCUAUCCCUUGUCUACAGCUUAGUAAAAGGUACAUUAAGCAGGCAAGUGAAUCAGACCCUAUUGAGCUUAGGGCUCAAUAGGACUUUCUCCCAUGUAAGCGUGUAGGAUUGCAACAUAAGGAUAAUGUGUUCUUUCUAGUAUAAGAACACAGAAUGUUUACGUUUAAUAAUUACAAUUUUCACAAGGAUCUUUUAUAUAUAUAUACAUUAUAGGCAGCAUUAAAGUCAUCAUUUCAAUCCAUGGAAUCCAUAUAAUUUGAAGUGAUUUAUUUUUGUUUUGUGGAAUAAAUGCACUGUUCUUAUGAAAUACUUUGGAUUCCAUGUUCAGAGCGAAACAUCAAUAUUUGAACAUGCUCUUAAUGUUCUGUUUUAACUCUAUUCUGUUUUGGAUUAGUUUUUCAGACCCUCUUUACGCUUAUUGGAGAACAAGGAGUCAUAUGGAGAACCAUUCAUCUUCAGAUAAACAUGUACACCACACCAGCACUAUUUGGAGCUCUCCUAGGAAUCAUCAACAUUGUUUUGAUAUUUGCUAUGUUUAGGUAAUUAGAAACUGAGACUGUUCUAAGACACCAAGUGUUUAUCCUUAAUUUCUCUUUUGUGCGGGGUAGGGGUGUCUAUGCAUAUGUGAUUUUUAAAAUCUUUGUUCCUCUUUGGGACUUCUAGAUUUUAUUUUCUUCUUGGAUCUAACAAGUGCGCAAUCUGGAUAAAUAUAUUUUGGCUCUUUUUUAAUUCCUUGAUGUACACAAUACAGUAGCGGCUUACUUUAGCAAUGGCAAGUUCUUCCUGGCCUUAUAGGGAAGAAAUCAUCUCUGUAACUUUGUGCAAAUAAUAUGAUGCAUUUUCCAUGCUAGUUUUUACGGACUGCUGCAAAGCUUUCAAACUUUUCUCAAAUUAUUGUCAUUUAGGGAUUUAUUUUCCCAUUCUGAAAAUUAGAAAAACCAUCUCCAUGAUACAGAGUUGAAAGUGGAGGACUUGCCACUAAGAGUUUUGAAGUCCUGGAGCAAUCAAGUCCAAACCAUAUGCCAAAUUCCUUGGAGUAGAAAUCGAAGUUUAGUUUGGGGGUAAUCUGAACUUCAUUUUUUCCAGAAUAAAUUACUGAGGACUAUACUUGUUAUCUUCUAAGAGCAUGGCUUCAUUUUUCUGAGAAGGUGAAAUUGAAAUCUUGCUGGUGGAAAUGAGGGAUCAUUUAUACUCAUUUCAUUAUCAGGCUAACUGAUGUUUGUCAGACGUCAGCCUUCCAAAAACUAACAGGACAGUUGCAGAUGGAUUUACUUUAUUGGAACACUUGAUUCCAAUAGCUAAUGCAAAUUAUUCAGUUUUAUGGCAUUUAAAAUUACUUCAACAUGACCUAGAAAGUUACUGAACUGAUGUUGACACAAAGGAUUUUGAGGAAUUGGGUUAGAAAUGAUAAUAAAAUGAAGUGGUUAAAUAUUAAAAACCACUGGGAACAUAACAUGAUAUUACAAGAUUGGGUGUUGAAAUGUAUUGCUGUAGCUUGCAAAGCUUCCUUAGUGCAUUAAUUAUUUUAAUGAAUAAUUAUUUUUAGAGAACAUCAUGUAGAUGACAUGGGAAGACCACAAAGCAGCAUUAACUUUGAAACUGAAGGUAAUAUUUUUGUAGAAAACUUGAAAUAAAAUAUUGUAGUACACUUUGAAAUAUAAAUAGAAAUGGCUACUGUGAAACUUCACAUACAAAGGGCACUAUCCAAUGAAAUAGUUCUGCUAGUACAAGGAUUUGUAACUUCUAUUCUUUGCUUAAACUAUUAUGAGAAACUAUAGCUUCCUGUUACAUUUCAGCUCUGAAACAAUAGCUCAGUCCUUGGUUUAAUAUUCUAGAUAGUAACCCAAGAGCAAACCCUAGUUUUCCAGAUGUAACAGAAGACAUUUUCUGUUCUAGUUCGUAAGUGAAAAGGAGGAAAAGACUGCAGGGGCUUGCCUCAUUUUGACUUAAUAAACAAUGGUUUAUUAAACCAAGUUCAUUACCUCUGAACUGUGUAACACUGUCCUAUUAUUACUUUUUUUUGUUUUGAUACAGAAAACGAGCAGAGGAGUCAAGAUAGUCAAGCAACCAUUGACCAUGUGGCUGUUGUAUCAACAAACCUUCUUUUCCUUGUUGUCUUAUUUGUUUUUGCAGUCUUUGAAACGUGAGUAUACUUGAUUCUCCAAUAUCUGUUUUUGUAGCAGUACAGUAAGACCCAAAGUCAUAGCAAUAAGAAACCUAGCUGUAUUCCCAUAAGCAGUUCAUAUUGGAAAUCUCUCCUAAUAACCCCAAUAUAAGAAGAUCAAAUUUGAUAGUUGAGGAUGCACAACUGAAAUUUCAGCUGGCACAGCAUCUCUUCUCAGCCUUUUGGCUAAGGUCAAGUGUAGCACAUUAUACAGCACAAUAAAUAUAUGUAGCACUUAUUGUAUAAGCAAAAAUAAAUCUGUCCCAGAUCCAGCCUCCCAUGGAGUUUAUAGAAAUUUGGAGAGGCAGAGAGAGGUACCACAUACUGUAUUUUUCGCUCUAUAAGAUGCACCAGACCACAAGACGCACCUAGUUUUUGGAGGAGGAAAACAAGAAAAAAAAUAUUCUGAAUCUCAGAAGCCAGAACAGCAAGAAGGAUCGCUACACUGUGAAAGCAGCAAUCCCUCUUGCUGUUCUGGCUUCUGGGAUAGCUGCACAGCCUGCAUUCACUCCAUAAGACGCACACACAUUUCCCCUUACUUUUUAGGAGGGAAAAAGUGAACCUUAUAGAGCAAAAAAUACGGUACAUGUUCAGGGAGAGGCAUUAAAGUUCCUCAAGGAAAAAUGUGAUAUAUUAUAAACACAUAUUCCAGUUUAAUGUGUAGAUAUUGCUCUAGUUUUAAGGAUGUGCUGAUAUGGGAUUUAAAAAACAAGAUAUUAUGAUAAUACUUCAUCUAAGCCAGUACAAAUUCCAGAACAUUCACAUCCAGUCAAUAAUUCAGUAGUAUAUAAAAUGAAAUUUUAGGUCUCUAAACAUUUCAGUAUCCAGACAGAAAAACACACAUUCUUAGUAUUAGUUGCUCAUCCUCUCAGAACUUUCAAAAGGUGGUUGGUUUUUCUCGGCAGGUGUUUCGCACAUCUUUAGCAAUGUCUCAUAAAAUGAUGGUGAUGACCUACUUCUUAUUCUCCUGCUUUACCACCUUACUGUAGUCAAUCUGUUCGUUAUCAAAUAUCUACAUUUAAUUAUUGUAGAGCUGAGAGAUCGUUUAAGCCAGGGAUCCACCAUCCUUUUUGGACUAGUGGGCACAUUUUAAAUUUCGAAAUGGCGUUUAUCAUCAUUGCAGUGCGGCUCCCUUUUAUAAGUGAGGGAAAUAGCGCAUGAAACAGAGGAGUACAAUAACUUUUAUACAUCAGUUCAAAGCAAAGCCUUAGCUAUUCAGCUUGUUACAUUUCACACAGCAUAGCAACAUACUUGGCUAAAGGCCUUCAGCUGGUAAACUCUUCAUCUUUCCUACCAACAGUUCUCUUUGCUAAGCAUUCACUUCUACUAACAGCCCAACUAAUAAUUUAUUUCAGUUCUUGCUUACAUGGCUUCUUUUCACAAAAUCCUCCUCUACAUACUUUUGGCUUUCUCCAUUUUCUAGAAUCUUUCUCAUAAUUCCAUAAGGGGCAUCGUACAGCACGAAGUCAGAGUACAGUCAAGUUGAGGCUUUCUCCAUAAUUGUAUUUCUGUACUAGAAAACACUUAACCCAUUGAAUUUCAGCCUGCCAUGCAACUGUUAAAUGUAGGAGAACCCUGUUUCCCCCUCAGUGCCAAUCCUAGUCCAAAGCCUAGGGUGCCAUCCUGUGCCUGCUUACUUAGGAGAAAGCCCCAUUAAACACAGAGACUUAUUUCUGAGUAGAUAGGUGUUGCCUUGUACUGUAAGUUAACUAUACAGUGAACUAUUUUGUAGUAGUAUUUGCAGAAAAUAUCUUAAAGGGGCAACAUGAACUGAGGUGAACCACCAUAGGAAGAUGCAUUCUAGUUGCUUGGGGAAGGAAGGGCAAACUAUGACAAGUCCAAGGGCUAAAAAAAUAAGACAGAAGCAGAAACCUGUAACAAAGGAAGGGGAAACCAGCAGCUCUUUAGGACCCCCGAGAUUCCUGUUGCCUGGUGUCCAAAUAACUCACUUAUCAAUCACCGUAGGCACAAUUUGAGAAUACUAAUUUGUUUUAUUUUAUUCUCUAGCAUAGCCACACCAUUGACAAUGGAUAUGUAUUCCUGGACCAGGAAAAAAGCAGUGUUUAUCAAUGGAUUAAUCCUUGGUGCAGUUGGCAUUGAAUCUGUCAUUGUGUUUUUAGCAGUUAAAGUACUUUCCAAAAGGUAAGUUACUAAGUAUGAUAGCAACAAAUUCUGAAAUUAAAAGGUUUGAUGAACUCUAGGUUGCAAAUGAUUGUCCAUAAACCUUUCUAAACUAGUUGCUUGUAGCACUAGUAGCACCCUGAUCCCCAGAGUGCACCUACUAACAUACCUGUAUUGUUAAGAAAAGCAAACAGACUUUACAUUUGCAUUGUACACAGAUUUGGUUUAGCUAGCCUAAGUAUGAAUAUUGUAAUCACAGUUUUCGUUAUCUGACAGGACUGGUGAACGUGCUAUACUUUAUGGAGGCCUAGUGAUUAUCUUGGUUGGAUUCUUUGUCUUACUACCUUGGGGACAUCAGUUACCUAACAUCCAGUGGGAAGGUACAAAUAUUAAUAUUAAACUUCUAAGCUUCCUACUGAAUAUCUGUAUAUGAUACCUUUUAUUUGCUUUUUCACAGACAUAAAGAAUAAUUCUAUUCCAAGAAUGACUUUUGGUGAAAGCCUUGCCUCUCUCCGGACACUAGAAUGGAUGCUUCCAUCCAGUAAUACUACUGAAGCAACAGGAUGUCCUAUGUCACAGUCCUGGUGCCUCUAUACUCCAGUCAUCUAUUUGGGCCAAUAUAUCACUACUGUCAUUCUACUAGGACUUGGUUAUCCAGCCUGUAAUGUCAUGUCUUACACUUUAUAUUCAAAAAUCAUAGGACCAAAGCCCCAGGUAAGAAAUAUGUGUGUGAUGUGUGUAGAUAAGGUCUUUUCUACAAAUAACAAAAUUAAUUUCUAAUUUUGCUAGAAACUUUUGCAAGAGUGCCAGUAACCUUACUGAACUUGGAAUAAUGUUUCAUUGUCAAGAGGAAAGAGUGUUUUCUUGCUGGAGGAGUUCUGCACCAUCACACGAAGAAAAUACCAUAGAGCAGUGGCACUUUGUUGUAGUCUAGUCAAUCCAAUUGUAGCAGGGGAGGUCACAAGUUAUAUCCAACUAAACCAUUGCAUAUGUGGGAUGGAGCUCCUCGUCCCACAUCCCUUGCAUCAACCCCAAAUCUGCUCUGGAUUUAGUCCAGCAUCCUGCUCUCACUGCAACUAUAAUGAGCAUGGGUUGCUCGUGCGUAAGUUGCUGCCUCCCCAGGCUUUGUUGCCUUGGUAAACCUUUCAGUCUGGGCAGCCCUUCACUUCGUGGCUGCCUCAGUCGCUAGCAGAAUCCGUCAGUGGGCAUUUCUUAAAUCUUUUCCAACAUAAAAGUUGUUUGACACCCAGUCUCCUCCUACUCUCUCUGCGCGUAAGUCUUCUGCGCAGGGUGGGCGUGGGUAGCCGGGGACCAGUGCUCUCCCCGCUAGUGUCCGGUGAAGAGUCCUGGAGCCCUCUCGCCGAUUCCCCCAUCAGCCCCUCCUUAUCCCUGGUGUAGCACUGAUUUGCUUCCCCAUCUGCGGAGCUGCCUCUCUCCCUGCUGGGCCCUUCUCCAGCAUCAUUUGAGAGCCUUCCCUCCGCCUCUAGCUCCGAUGUCAGUUCCCUGACAGCAACCAACCAGAUGCCUGUGGGAAGCCCACAAGCAAGAUCUGAGUGCAACAGUGCUUUCCCCUCCUGCAUUUCUCACCAGCAGGUAUUCAGGCACAUCCUGCCUCUGACAGUCUUAUGUGUCUGUCUGAUACAGGGAAAAACUACUCAUCCUUCCCAAGUUUAUUCUUUCUCCCAUUUCUUCUGUACCCUUCACAUCUUCCUGUGGUGUCUGUGGGAAAGUGAGGCCUCAGGAGUGUCAAGACUAUGCAGCUCCAAGUGAGAGUGGAGAAAGUACUAUAUGCCACUCCCUUAGAACACAUGCUGCCAAGUUAUGUGUGGCAGAGAAAGUGGCCUUGUUUACACAACAAACUAUGUAGCAGCAAGACAGGAUAUGUAGAAAUUGAAGUUAAAUGCCACAUAAGUCUGUUUCCUGGCCACAUUAGAGGGGCAAAGCCAUGGGUUCACUUUUGGGCCCAUUCCAGCUUUUCUAUCAAAUGUUUGUAUGCAAACAUCUAGUUAAAUUGUCUUUUUUAAAAAGGUGGCCUAAAAGUCAAUUUUAAUCAAUUUUAGAGUUAGAAAUAAGUUUUUUUGAUAAGAAUGGCUUGAUAGUAGCUUGUGUUUGAAUGUUUCAGAAGUUUCGCAUCAGCACUCAGAAUUCUCUGAUCUGUUCUAGGGUGUCUACAUGGGCUGGUUGACUGCCUCUGGAAGUGCUGCACGUAUACUUGGCCCAGUCUUUGUCAGUCAACUCUACACGUACUUGGGACCCCGCUGGGCAUUCAGCUUGAUAUGUGGAAUUGUUCUCCUCUCUCUUUUACUUUUGGAAAUUGUGUACAAGAGACUUGUUGCAUUUUCUGUCCUAUAUCAGAGACUUCAAGAGCAGACCUCCUAGCUGUGGGUAACUAUUAUUCAAUUUUUUUUUUGUAGCCAAUGUGUCCUAUAGAAAUGCUAUGUUUUACUGCUGAUAAUUUAUUGUCAGACAUAUCACUGGUACAGCACUGAACAUGAUAAUGCAACUGUUUUGAUGCAUAUCGUUCCAAAAGUUCACACAGUUCCUAAUUCUACUUACUGUGGUAGUGUACUUCUUAAAAUGCCUCGAUUCUGUGAAUCAGGUCUUAUUAAAAGUGUUUUUCAAACACAACUUGAAAAAACUUUGUAUUUAGGCACUUUUAUAAUUAGCUACCUCUUCUAAAUUUUAACGAGUGCUUUCUAACAUGACUUAGCAGAAACUAAUAAAUGGUCUCACUUAAAAGUGUCUUGUUGACAGUUCUUGUUUUAUAAUCGUACAGAAUAUUUUAUACAAAGGAAAUUGUUUCAGAGCAUUUUUUGGGUUGGACAGAAGUACAGCCAAGGGACAACUGUCCAAGAUGAGAAAGAAGAGUGUUGCACCCAAGGAGCAGGGUUUCACUGGCACAGAAUCCUUCCACCUCUGUGACACAGCCCUCCCUGGUCAUGAUAAUACAUCAGACCAUCUGCUGCAGGAGGAAAGCUAUACAAGCUGUGUUUUUACUUGUGCAAGCAUUUGGAUACAACUCCAUAUGCGCAGGUGUGCAAAUGAUUAUGGAUUGCUAUUGUAGAAGUGCAAUUUUAUUGACAAAUUAUAGUGUAUUUAGUAGAACAUACCUCAGCAUUUGUGUUGAAUAAAGCAAGGGGUCUGAACAGUUACCACUGCAUUUAUUUUUUAAAGGUUCUUUGCAGGGUUAUAUCAUUAGAAAAACAGUUAGAAAAAUAUAAAAAUUAUAAAACAAUACACUUUACAUAUCAGCUGAAAGUAACAUAAAAUACAAAGUAUUUACAGGCACAAAUACUGUAACUGCAGAGAUGUGCUUUGAUGCCAGAGUUAUAAGAACAGUAGAGAAUAACACACAAACACACAUACAGAGUUCAGACUCCCUUCAUGGAAAGUAACAAGCACCAGUGGUCACAGCAGUUUCUAUAAUCCAUUAUAUAAAAAUGCAAGUAAUUUGGCCUUGAUUGGUCAUACUUUAAAAAGCUUUACAAGUGCUUAGCUAAGCAGAACACAGCAACUCUUAUGGUCAUAUGCUUUAACCAGUCAGGAAGGUCCGAGUUCAUUGAAGAAGCUCUGCUUCAUGCCACCACAUUAGGUAAUUUCAUCACCACCAAGUUAUUAGCCUUCAUGUUCCAAGUUUGUCAGUGCGGACCAGCUGGAUUGGUAAACAUUACCAGAAUGGAUGAUAAACAAUGCAACUUCUCUUUGAUGUACUCUGGCAAUUUUUCAUUCUCUCCAUACCUAGGAAGCAGCAAAAUAUUUAGAUGAGUAGAUUUAAUAGCACACAUAUAAAAUAAACCCAGUACCAAUUUCAGCAAGUUAACGUUUUGGUCCAUUGCUUGUAUACAAUUGCUCCUUUUAAAGCCAUGCUUAAGAAGUUAAAAGGCUUUGUUAAUUCCAAAUUCACUCCUUCAGUAUAUAAACCAGAUAUUCCAACUUGAGGGGCUGUUAUUCCAGGAUAACUUAUAUCACCAGAUCCAAACCUAAUGGCUUAAUUCAGUUCUUAUUUAAUAUGCAAAUUUCAAAGCAAAUGAAGUUCAUUGUCCUCAUACUGCCUCCUGGAAGAUGGUGACUUUUGACAGCCCGGAAGUGUAGCUCAGUCUCUGCGAGGUAUACAACUCUACAGUGUUUCCCGGCAGUAUUAGACCCCACUACAUAUUGGGCAUUGGGCUGAAGCUGUAAGUACAACCAUUCAAUUUUACCUAUUGCUUUUAACCCCAUAUUGCAGAUUGAGCUGAAAAAGCAGUGCAGUUCAGGCUGGAGGGCUGUGCUGAGAAAAAGUAGCUGUUAACAGUAGAUUUCAUAGGAGGGUUACUGUAAUACUGUAAUACUGCAAGUGAGGUUGAAGUGGACCCCCACCCACUCAAUAUCUCAGAUUGCAAACAAAGGUCAAUCUACUUAAAUUGCCCCCUUGGACUUCCUCCCAGGCUAAAUCAGAACAAUCAGUGCAGGCAACAGCCUUGUGUUCAGUUGACAGGCAUGUAGACUGUCUGAAAAAGUAUUUUCAGUGCUGUACAAAGAUUUAAAAAAAGACUAUAGGUACCCACUAUAAGCCUGUGGGUAGAUUUAAAAAACACAAUACAAGAAGGGAAAACGGGUAGAGGGAUAGGAAAAUUAGCAGAUAAACAUUUGUACAGUUAGGAUAUUCUACUUUUACUACAUAUAGUGCAUCUAGUUUUCUCUUUUGUAUAUAUCUUUGUUACUCCCACCAAUUAUUAACUUAGGCUAGAGUGAGAGUUACCAAUACACAGUAGUACAACAUCUACAGCAGCAGCAAAUGCUAUUAUGUAUGACAUACAAGGAAUGGUACUUCAAGGUCAUACAACUUCUAAGUUACAGUACCAAUACAAAAUGUUGGAAAAGUAACUGAAAUAAUCAGAAAUGUGCUAUCAGUAUCAAAACUGACACUCACCUCACUGUGUCACCAGCUGGAGAUGUAUAUGUGAUGGAGGAAACGCCAGCUUGAGCUACCAACUGGGAUCCAUCAUUAAACUGAACCCAUACUGCUCCACUAGUCAGCUAAUAGGGAAAAAUAUUGUAGAAUUAGUUUGCACUGAAAUACAGCAAUGAACUCUUUCCCAGUGCUUUAUCUUUCUAGUCAAGCAGCUUUAUUUUGCUUGGAUUGACACAGCACAGCCAUGCUAAGUUGCACCUGAAGGUUCACUUCCUUCAGAAGACUUGUUCUUCCAGAAGUAGAAUUUGGAUACAAUCCACUGUGUUUUGUCAUGCAAGAUAGACAAUCCCAAUUUUGCCCAUUUUGUGCAACCUAGUUAGUAUUUUGUGUAACUUCAGCACAUUCUUAUGCAGGUUCUGACAAUUUGUACAAGGAGAACAUAUUCCAGUUAAAAGUGCAGAAAGUAACUAGAUACAAAGCUUUGUAUUCUACCAUUAACUACUUCCUGAUCUGCAACAGAUUUUGAGGCAAAUAAGUAAAACAAAUUUUAAAAAAACUCAAUAGGGAACAGAGCUGAUUCCAUGCAUCAUCAAUUAUACUAUCAGUUCCUUUUCAGUAGAAGUAUAACAACUGCUGCAUUACAGCUCAUCUUCCUUUACACAAGAGACUGAAUUUUCUGCUUGGCUGUUGAUUACCAGCUCACCUGAGAAGCCCAGCCAACAUUCUUUACAAAGACAGACUUUAACAGUUGAGCUGAAUUUACAGCACUCUCAUUUGGGUGACUUAGGGUGCUCCUUGAUUCAGUUGUUGCUGAUGUAAAUGCAGAUCCUUCAUAUGCCGAUAUCUGGAAUAUAAUUAUGAAAAUAGCAGUUGUGAGCCAUAAAGCCAUGAUAUACUUCAGUGUUUAAAUGGUGACCUUCCUUGGGUGUACCAUACCUGACUUGGGUUUCAGACCUACCUAAUUAAAAUAUGCAACAACCCAAUACAAUUGGCUCUACUCAUCUUAAACUUUUUUAUUUACUUGACAGGUUAAAUUUAGCCUUCCAGCAUAGUGUUUCUUAGGGCUCCAAUAAAAGCAAGAACUACACACUCAUGUACUUACCGGGGGAUUAAUGUUAGGCACUUCACUUGAAGCAUCAGAGCUGGUGGCAGUAUCUCUCUUCAUCAAGGCUAUUUCCGCCAAAGAAGGGCUUGUAUCUGGCAAAGUGGGAGGGAGCACUAAAGCCUUUGGAGACUCAGGAUUUCCUGGUUUCCUGGUAAUGGAAGAAUUAUGGUCACAUAUUUAAACUUUCCAACUUCCACUAAGAAUAUCAAAAGGCACAAACUAAAAAUUUCACGUGGAGAGUGAGAAGCAACUGAAAAAAAUAAUAAUACAAGAGGCUGCUUACCGCCCAACAAUAAUGGGGAAAAAUGGAACACUUCCAUUUCUUUCUUCUGCCAAAAUUGCAGAUUCCAGUGCAAGACAAAUGUGAUGUCCCUAUAUUGAAAAAUAGAAAACUUGCAUUAAAACAUGCUAACACUUUCAAAAAGGGCAGGAAUUCAAUACUCGGGGACAGUGGGCAGAGGCAACGAAGAAAACAUUGAUGUAUUGUGCUAAAUUAAAAGGUACAGGGGUUUUUUUUAACCUUCCUAUUGUAUGACAUGGAGUAUGAUCAAUGUUAAACAGUAUAAAGUUCAAUCCAUAACAUUUCCUUGAUCUCCACACCCCUCAAUUUCAUAGGAACCUUUCAAAAUCAGUCACGUAUUUGGAACAAUAAAAGGAAUCACAGUCUGCUAAUUUGCCAUUUGGAAUCACUUACCCAUGUGCAUCACACCCACUGAAACAUUACAAAUAAUAUUUACCUCAUUUGCAUGAUCCACAUAUAUUUGUAUAUCCUUUUCUAAACCAAUUUUACUCUCCUCUUUUAUAGUGUAGGCUUUUCCAGAUUUUUCUAUUACUCUAAUUACGCCCGCUGUCUUGUGGAUUUUUGCCCCUAUAAAAAACAAAAACAUAUUACCUCGGGUACACAUACAUUGACAAUAUGAUCACACUCUAGCAGAAGUAAACUAGUAAACAGGAGAUUGCACUUAACAACUACCUACAGUUCAAAUACAAUUAUCACUGACUUGAGUGUGUUAAGAAGAAGUGCUAUCUGCUACAACUCAUAUAAUUUUUGGAUUUUCAAUUUGUUCUUAAUAUUUACAUUUAAUCAUCAAUAAAACAAAGUAUUAGAAGAAUGUAGUUUCCUCCUAAUAAUAAUGCCAUAUGUGUUACAUUUCAAAUUAGGAUUUUUUGAAGUAUACAAUUUUUAUGUGGUAUAUGAUAAUAGGAAAGAGUUAUUU